CUUACGUGGACGCGGAUUCGAACAUGUGACAUUGCGUGCGCUCACAGUACCAACCACUGGUGCAUCGUUUUGUAUUCAGGCUUUAACUUUGGAGGCAGCGCGCCCUCACUUCCGCCGUGUCUGCCUGUUAGCACGGCUAGCUUGGCCCAUAGGCGGCCCCGUUGGUGGCAAAGAGGAUCAGUUGAAUCUAGGAGUUCGAUCACGAUUGUGGGGGGCAGCCGAUCGUCUUGUCGCUGGAACGUGUCCUUUCCCGCCAGGCUCAAUGCUUCCGGGCCCAGUCUAAUUCCUGGUGCUCCUCCUUUUUUCCCUCCCCUCCCCUCCCCCCACCGUCCCUCCCCCUCCCGCAGGUGUAUGAAUGAAGACCCCCUUCAAGAGCCCCGAGGCGGCGCGGCCCAGAGCGGAUGGAGGACAUUCGGGCGUGUCCGCCAGCAUGAUGAAGAAGAAGAAUCCACACAAGAAGCAGAGGUGUGUGGUGCCUAGUAGGACUCUGUCGCCCCCCAAGAGGAACAUGGUGGGAUGCAGGAUCCAGCACAUCUGGAAGGAGGGCAGCAAGUCGUCCCAGUGGAAGGGGACGGUCCUGGACCAGGUCCCAGUGAACCCGUCCCUGUACCUCAUCAAGUACGACGGAUUCGACUGCAUCUACGGCCUGGAGCUGCACAGCGACCAGCGCGUGCUGGGCCUUGAGGUUCUUCCAGACCCCGUUGCGCCGGCACGGGUGAGCGAUGCGCCGCUGGCCGACGCCAUGAUCGGGAAGGCGGUGGAGCACAUGUUCGAGACGGAGGACGGGCCCAAGGAGGAGUGGCGUGGGAUGGUUCUGGCUCGGGCUCCCAUCAUGACAUCGUGGUUCUACAUCACCUAUGAGAAAGACCCGGUCCUGUACAUGUACCAGCUGCUGGACGACUACAAGGAGGGAGACCUGCGCAUCAUGCCCGACUCCAACGACAACGCGGCGGCGGAGCGUGAGCCCGGCGAGGUGGUGGACAGCCUGGUGGGCAAGCAGGUGGAGUACGCCAAAGAAGACGGCGGCAAGCGUUCGGGGAUGGUCAUCCAUCAGGUGGAGGCCAAGCCCUCCGUCUACUUCAUCAAGUUUGACGACGACUUCCACAUCUACGUCUACGACCUGGUCAAGACCUCUUAAGGCCGCCGCCCUGCGAGCACGCCCACAUUGCCCCCCCAAAAAACAUUUGUUGUUCUUUUGAGAACACUCACCAAACAUGCUUUGAGGGGGGGCUCUAAGCUCCGCCCCUUUGGGGGUGACACCAGCUGUCUCCGUCCAAUCACAGGCUCUACAAGGACAGGAAGUUGUCGCCCCUUCCAGGACAUCAGAGGAACCCACUUCCUGUCUUUCCCUCUUGGUUUAAAUUGUAAAUUGGUUAGCACGGCUAAAUGUUAGCUACACAUUUGCUUCACGGUGGGAGGUCAGAGACUGGUGGCCCCGCCCCCGUGCCCCACGUUUGGACUUGUAGCCUUCUAGAACCCGCUCGCUCAUGUCAUACACGGUUCCUUUGAUUCUGCCAUUGUGGAAGAACCAAGCGUGAGCAAGUUCCGGUUGUUUGUCUGUGGCGGUUGCCAUGGCAACUGGGUGGAGUGCACGAGGUCUAAAUAGAUAUGACGUGUUGCAUGUCCGUGUCGUCUUUCGUUUGGGACUAACCUUGGGGGGGGGAUUCCCUUGGACACUGCUGACUCAAAUAAACUUUUUUUUUUUUUUUUUUUUUUCCCAUUCACCAAAACCCGCUCGCUUUUCUUACGUCACUCUCUACAAUUGACACUAGAGCAGGG